CCGCCUUACAAAUUACACGUAACUCAGUUCUUUGUUGUCACAAAAUAACGUCAUAUAUUUUGUUUGUGAUUGAAGGUUUGCCCACGUUCAAUUGAUUUGAAAAAUAGCAAAUGAUGAUGGUAUCUCGGCUACUGAGCAUCCGAUCUCGAGCGCCUGAACUUUGGGGUUUUAUAUCAUCAAAAUCUGUUAGACAACUAUGCACGUCAACUCCCAAUGGUUACAAAGAACCACCAAAAGUUGAGGAAGCUGAGACUGUGUAUGAAAGUCCAUCUCAUCAAGACAAGUUACUUGUAUUAGGCGGAAAUGGUUUUGUUGGUACACAUGUAUGCAAAGAAGGCAUCCAACGUGGUAUUAUUGUAUCAAGUCUUAGCAGGUCAGGAAGGCCAUCAAUACAGGAACCAUGGACAAAUGAUGUCAUCUGGCAUAAAGGAAACCUACUGGAUCCACAAAGUUUGAGAAAUGCACUAGAUGGAGUAUCUGCAGUGAUAUCAUGUGUUGGUGGCUUUGGAUCAAAUGCAGCUAUGUUUAAAAUAAAUGGAAGUGCAAAUAUCAAAGCAAUUCAAGAAGCAUUUGAAUCUGGUGUAAAGCGGUUUGUGUACAUAUCUGCUGCUGAUUUUGGCUUUGCAAAUUUCUUGUUACGGGGUUACUAUGAAGGAAAGAGGGCUGCUGAAAAAGCUUUACUUGACAGAUUUCCAUACGGAGGUGUUAUUCUAAGGCCUGGAUUCAUCUAUGGGACUCGUUACGUUGGAAGCUUCAAGAUUCCACUGGGAAUUGUUGGUGCCCCACUUGAAACGGUCUUACGGAAUGUAAAAUCUGCAGCACAAAUCCCUGUCAUAGGACCACUAUUUGUGCCACCUGUUAGUGCAUCAUCUGUUGCUAAAGUUGCUGUACGAGGAGCGACAGAUGUUGCGUUUCCUCCUGGGAUAAUUGAUGUAUGGGGCAUCAGUCGUCUUGCUGAUCACUGAGAAAAAUCUUUCCAACAGGAAUAUUCCUAUUGCUGAGUUGGUUCUGCUAAAAUGCUAGAUAUGGUUGAAGGUACAUGGAGCCAUUGGAAAGUUCCAUCUAUAAGAGCAGAACUUAGCCCAAAUUGUUUAGGAUCAAAUAUAAUUAAUUUGUAUGGCUUAUACCCUUCUAUUUUCUUCUGAGAGUUGGCUUUAAUUAACACAAAGCCAGUCUGAUAAUCCAGAGUUAGUACAACGGCAGCCUACUUCUAUUUAAGAUACCAUCCCCUUUUUCUGCAAUAAAUUGUUUUAAAUCACACAUUUAUUCCUAAAAGCCAAUGAAAUUAUUCAAUUUUUUACCAUACAGAUGGACA